AACACGAGUGGGAUUUCGCUCUAAGAGGAUUAUCCCGGUCGUUAACCACCCGCUGGUUUUGUCAACGGCUCCACGGUUUGCCGGUUGGAGCACGACGCACCGCAAAGUCAUGCACCAGCUGUAGCGAGAACCCGGGGAGGCAGAGGAAUCACACCUUCACUCAUUUAUGGCGCGUUUAUUGGCACCAGAUGUCAUAAUCUGACAUUUGAAGAUGCCCUGCGGUUGUUUUCACCUGUUGGCAACACGCGGGGAUCUCACCGGGAGCGCGUCUGCGCCGGGGUGCACUUUCCUUAAGGGGGGAGGAUUUGUUGACAUUUUUCUGACAUGAAGACGCGACCUGCGGGGAUCGGUAACGUCAACGCUGACUGGAUGGGCUCGCUCCCGUCUAAGCUCAGCGCCAUGCCACUCAAACACCUCGCAGUGCCAGGAUCCCAUGACUCCUUCACUUUCUGGGUGGAUGUGCAUGCUCCCGUGGCCCCAGAUCAGAAGGCUUAUGUCAAAUACUUGGCAACCAUGUUCAGCGUAUUAGCCAAAAAAGUCAUGGUGAAGUGGUCCAUGACCCAGAACCUAACGUUUAAGGAGCAGCUGGAUGCUGGAAUUCGCUAUUUUGAUCUCAGGGUCUCUUCCAAACCGGGCGAGCCAGGAAAUGAGAUUUAUUUCAUUCAUGGCCUCUUUGGACACAAGGUGAGAGAUGGUCUGAUAGAGAUCAACUCCUUCUUGGGCAGACACAGGAAAGAAGUUGUGUUUCUGGACUUCAACCAUUACUAUGCGAUGGAUGUAGAGCAUCAUGUUUACCUCAUCCGCAUGCUCCAGGAGGUGUUUGGCAGCAAGCUCUGUACCAACCGUGUGGUGGAAAGCAUUACUCUGGACUACCUGUGGGAGAAGAAACAUCAGGUAAUAGUCUUCUACCAUCAUCCCUCAGGUCAGAGAAACCCUGUCAUGUGGCCUGGCACCAAAAUCCCUGCACCGUGGGCAAACACAACUCACCCCAACAAACUCAUACAGUUCCUAGAAACCACACUGAGGGAAAGAGCCAAGCACGGCUCCUUCCAUGUGUCGCAGGCCAUCCUCACACCCAGGGUCAACACCGUGGCCAAGGGCCUGGUCUGGGGAUUACGUAACUACCUGGUGGAGAGAAAUCUGCCUACCAUCAUGUCCUGGGUUGAGGCACAGAGGCCGGGCGUGGACGGCGUCAACAUCAUCACGUCCGACUUUGUGGAUCUCACCGACUUUGCCAACAUUGUCAUCAAACUGAAUAACCACCUGCUGUUGUCCGAACAGGAGCCUAAACCAAGAUGACACAUGUUUGUACGGCUGGACUGAUGCUGACAUUCAGUGCAUGGACUCACACAUUAGAUGCACAGGUGUUUGAUCCCAGUGACCUUUAGACCUGUGUAACAGCUUCUUUGGAACUCAGCUUGACUUUAAGGUCACAGUUCUGCAGUAGACUCCCUCUAAUACGGCGACUGGAAACAUAUCACAAUGAAAUGGAACUGUCACACAGGUCAGAGCUAUCAGUAACCUGGACAAUGAUCAUAUGACCAGGGGAUUAAACUUUAAAGAUUCAACAUCUCAGAUGUUGAUGUUGCAAACCAGGAGGACAUAUUAAAAUACAGUAUUUAUUUAGACAUUUUAGAUAUAACAGAAGUGUGUAUUUAUAGUUCUUACUGGAUGAUUCAACUGGAACAAAUGUCCAAUGAACUGGCUGCUAAUUACAUCUGAAAGUUAUAUGCGUCAGGAGUAAAUGAAAGGAAAUGUCUAACAUGAAUAAUGUGGAAUUUAACGUUUUAUUUUAAAACAAAGUAAUAAUUAUAAAAGCUGAGCCCAGGAAGAAACUUGGCUCUUCAACCAGAGAUCAAAUUAGAAGUUGCAGUCUUUGUUGGUAUUUGUGUUUCUAAUUUAAGCCGAAUUACGCGUUGAGGGAUUCCACAGUGCCAACAACACUUAUGGUUUGACUAUUGAGGGCAGCUACAGACACUGGCACUUCUUCUUCUGCGUUUCACAGAAUUGCGCAGAUUGCAGUGGGAGAGCCAAGCAUGUGCGGAACUUGUGCCACAACUCUCAUAAAAUGUGUGCACCCAUACGUGAAGUAUACACACCUAUAAAUGUUAAUAGGAUUUUAUGUCUUGUCCAGAAAUAGAAAUAGUAUAUAGCAGCAGCAGACUCCAUUAAACAGAACAUAUACACUUUAUGCAUUAUGAAGAAAGAGAAGUGGAAAAAAACAA